AUGGAUAAAUCACAUGACACCUAUCUUUCCCCCCAAGAUCUUUUAAAAACUUAUCAACCCUCCGAAGUACCUUUCUCCAUACCAUCAGAAGAGGGCAUCAGUGAGCAGGAAGGAGAAAACGAUGUAUUACUCGUUCCUAUCGCUAUCCCAGACCCAUCUGGAAAAUCGUAUUCCGGGCCUUUGGAUCCGGAAGAGGAGGCAAUAAUCGAGCAAGACGAAGAAGGAGGAAGAGGAGGAGGAGGAGAAGAAGAAGAAAUCUCAAUUAUCCCUAUCGGUAUCCCAGAAACAUCUUCAUCUUCGAUAUCCUACUCAGCACCCCUGGAAGAAAACAUAAACGAGGAGUCCAACGAAGUACAGAAAAUCCGACUCAGCACCCCAUCCCACACCCCCUACUCCAUCCGCUACGAACUCCCCUCUCCCCGCUCCACAAUCAUCACUCAAAAAGGCAUCGGAUUUCUCUCCGACGCCGGAGUACGAGGUUCUGUAUCUACUGUGUGUCAUGGAACGUUUCACUCCCAGCCCGCGACACUCAUUCUUUUUACAUUUAUUUUUCGUUCGGGAGAUCAUGGAUUUCGAUUUAAAAAUGCGAGUGUGAAGAUUGAUUUUUCUUCUCUUUCUUCCUCUUUCUCAUCCUCGUCCUCCCCAAAAACCAAUCCCAACUCUAAAACUCAAAAUAAAGAAUCCUCCUGGACCCCUACAAUCACCGUCCUCGCCCCCCGCAAAAUCUACGGUCUCCCCAGCACCUCCCACCAAACCCGUACCUUCACGGGUGAGAUCUCCCUACAAAUUCCUCUCGGUCCCACGUCCCUCGGUCCCUCGACUUCCCUCUCACACUCCUCAUCGUAUUCGCUCUCGCAUCGGUACUCCCUAACCGGAAACAUAUGGUCGCAAGCCCAUUCCUCAUCUUGGGAUUCCGUGUACUGGGAUCUCAGGGAGGAUAAAUUGACGAAGGGGGGUAUUCCGGAUAGGGUGGAUGUGGGAGUGGUGGUUUGUAGAGAGGGGGCGGGGGUGAAGGGGGAGGUGAGGGUGGAGGUUGAUACCCCGGUUAUGAGAGGUGUGUGGGGGUGGCCGUGGGGGAAGGGGAGGCCGGUGAGGUUUGUGGAGGGGGUGGAGACUGGGGGGGAGAGGGUUAGGACGAGGAGGUUUGAGGAGUUGGGGGUGGGGGAUUGGAGGGAGUUGGUGGGGGGGAUGGGGGAGUGGGAGGAGGUGGUUGUUGGGGGGGUGGAGGGAGAGAGGGGGAGGGGGGAGGAAAAGAGAGACGAGAAGGUUUAG